CAGCUCCUAGCUCCAUGCACUGUGCUGGCCGCUCUAGCCAAUGUUUACAGCUCUAAGGUUCUGCAGCUUGCCUCUCUAGCCACUAAUUGAUCUCUCUUGUUCCGGUGAUCGUAUCUCGCCGACGUCAGCUUUCCCUCUCGCUGGUUCCGGUGGUCCUUCUCCAGUGUGUCGCACCGUGUAGCUGCUAGUCCUAGUGCUGUCACCACGCUCGGCUCCCGGGUGUUCCGCUCAGUCAUGGCUGCCGCCCGCAGGUCUCGCUCAGACUCCCGCUGCGUCCUGCGUUAUUCCGACCGAGAACUGUGCUGAGCUCAGAGGACCCGACACGCGCCCAGCAUGGCUGAAGGUGAUAAGGAUUGUUACCCUGAAAUCCUGAAGACUGAUGAAAAUGGAAGAUCUGGAGAAACCAAUCUGCAGGAGGAGCUGCAGGUAUUUCGAGCCUGCUGGAUGUCCGAACUUACUCCAGGAGGGAGUUCUUCAGGAGCAGAGACUUGGUCCCGAAAAUUUCUGAGAGGAUCUGUUGGGAAGGUCUCAGAUACCAAAACUAAGCAAGAGCUGGCCAAGGAGGAGAUGGCCAGAGAACUUUUUCUGAAAGCUGCAGAGCAGGAGCAAAAUGGAGCACUCUAUGAAGCUAUCAAGUUUUACCGUCGAGCCAUGCAGCUCGUGCCUGACAUUGAGUUUAAAAUUAAUUACAGCUGGUCCCCUGAUGGCGAAGGGAAAAACUUUAUGGAGGAUGCCAAUGAUGACAGCAAGAUGGCUGACUUACUCUCCUACUUCCAGCAGCAGCUGACCUUUCAAGAGCCCAGGCUUAAAUUGUGCCAGCCAGAGUAUGAUGUCACGCAGACUCAUAUCUCAGAUCUCCCUAUGGAGGUACUGAUGUAUGUUUUCCGCUGGGUGGUUUCCAGUGAGCUUGAUCUACGAACUUUAGAGCAAUUAUCCUUGGUCUGCAAAGGCUUUUAUAUUUGUGCAAGGGAUCCUGAAAUCUGGCGCCUAGCAUGCUUGAAAGUAUGGGGCAGAAACUGUGUGAAACUGCUACCUUACAUUACCUGGAGGCAGAUGUUUCUUGAGAGACCCCGAGUCCGGUUUGAUGGUGUGUAUAUUAGCAAGACUACAUAUAUACGCCAAGGAGAGCAGUCUUUGGAUGGGUUUUACAGAGCCUGGCACCAAGUGGAAUAUUACAGGUAUAUGAGAUUCUUUCCUGAUGGUCAGAUUAUGAUGCUGACUACCCCAGAAGAGCCUCAAACAAUUGUACCUCGUUUAAGGACAAAGAAUACAAGAAUUGAUGCUUUGCUGCUUGGCCAUUAUCGUCUAAAUCAAGACACUGAUAACCAAACCAAAGUUUUUGCGGUUGUAACCACCAAGAAGGAAGAGAAACCUGCAGAGUACCAAAAAUAUCGGUAUAUCCGCCGUGCCCCAGUGCAGGAAAAUGACCACAGCUUUCAUGUGGGGCUUCAGCUGUGCUCGAGUGGUCGUCACAAAUUCAACAAACUGGUUUGGAUUCAUCAUUCUUGUCAUAUUGCUUACAAAUCCACUGGAGAGACUGCGAUUACAUCAUUUGAUAUUGAUAAGAUGUACACACCACUGUUCUUUGCCCGUGUGAAGAGUUACACUGCUGUAUCUGAUAGACCCCUCUAAAAAUUCUUCUUCAUUUCUGCAUGACUUCUAAGGAUAUUAGGAAAACCGUGAAGCUUUCGGCAUACAUUUAUCUGUGACUUCUGCUGCAAACAGUGGGUGCUUUAAGAGAUGAUUUUGUUUUUGGGGCAUGUAGGGGUAGAAUUGUUUUUCUAAAGUUGAUCUCUUAUUUUCAAGCAUUGUGCAUUUUGCAGAAACGUUUUGAUAAUUCUGUUGGCAUUACUUGUUCUCUGCUCUCCUUUUUUUUUCCACUAUGUUAUUAUUGAAGUUUUCUAUUGUUUCACAAAAAUUGCCCCACGGCUAUAUACAUGUUAUUCUUCCUAAUACCUUCACCUACUGAAAGCGGUACAUGGCAUAAGCAAAUAUCAGUCUGAUUGUGUCCGUCCACUCUCAAAUACAAUAUUCAAUAGAGGUUCUUUAAGAC